AUGGAUCCAUUCAAGAAUAUGUACAAAACCCUAGUGCAAUUGUCCGUUGAUCUCACAUGGCCUCUUUCAGCAUCAAGAACACGAGAUCAAGUUAAUUCAUUAUCCUCAGCUGCUUCCCCUAAUGCCCAUUUUGGUUCGGAAAAUUAUAGAAGUUGUACUGAUUUUGCCGCAGUUUCUCCUGUUGGAAAAAGACACCGGGUUUCAAGAAUUGCUGCAAAUGCCCCUUUAGAAAAUCAGGGAAGUUGUAUUGAUUCUACAGCACUUUCUCCUGUUGGAACAAGCCUCCAAGAGUCAAAAAGUUUUGGGAAUGGCCCUUCAGUUUUGGAAAAUCCCAGAAGUUGUACUGAUUCUGCUGUAUUUUCUCCUGUUGGAAUUGGAACAAGCCUCCAGGAUUCAAGAAAAUUUGGGAAUGUUCCUUUAGUUUCAGAAAAUCAACGAAGUUGUACCAAUCCUCCGGCAGUUUCUCCUGUUGGCACAAUCCCCCAGGUUUCGAUAAAUGCUGGGAAUGCUCCUUCAGUCUUGAAAAUUCGCAGAAUAAGAACUAAUUCUGCCGCAGUUUCUCCUAUUGGAACAAGCCAUCGGGAGUCAAGAAAUUCUGGGAAUGCCCCUUUAGUUUCGGAAAUUCACAGAGCAAGUAGAGAUUCUGCUGCACUUUCUCCUGUCGGACCAAGCCACCAGGGUACAAGAAGUGCUAAAUUGUUUGGUGAUUUCAAUGAUACAAUAGCUUCUUGUGAUAUUUUUAAUGGCUACUGGACGAUGGAGGAAGAUUUCAAGCCUCUUUACCAACCGAGUUCUUGCCCUUUUGUUGAUGAUGCUUUCAAUUGUUUCAAGAAUGGCCGGCCGGAUUCAGACUACUACAAGCUCAGGUGGAAGCCCCAUGACUGUGAAAUUCCAAGUAUUAAAAUCCAGUCGAUAUGCAAUUGUCCGUUGAUCUCACAUGGCCUCUUUCAGCAUCAAGAACACGAGGUUUUUUUUACACUGAUUAUCACUAUACUGCUCCUAUUCUUCUUCUUUUCUCCCUCUGACGAUUCCUCUCCUCCCAUUUCUUACACCAGUCUUGCCUCUCGGAUACACUCUGAUUCAGAUCAAGUUAAUUCAUUAUCCUCAGCUGCUUCCCCUAAUGCCCAUUUUGGUUCGGAAAAUUAUAGAAGUUGUACUGAUUUUGCCGCAGUUUCUCCUGUUGGAAAAAGACACCGGGUUUCAAGAAUUGCUGCAAAUGCCCCUUUAGAAAAUCAGGGAAGUUGUAUUGAUUCUACAGCACUUUCUCCUGUUGGAACAAGCCUCCAAGAGUCAAAAAGUUUUGGGAAUGGCCCUUCAGUUUUGGAAAAUCCCAGAAGUUGUACUGAUUCUGCUGUAUUUUCUCCUGUUGGAAUUGGAACAAGCCUCCAGGAUUCAAGAAAAUUUGGGAAUGUUCCUUUAGUUUCAGAAAAUCAACGAAGUUGUACCAAUCCUCCGGCAGUUUCUCCUGUUGGCACAAUCCCCCAGGUUUCGAUAAAUGCUGGGAAUGCUCCUUCAGUCUUGAAAAUUCGCAGAAUAAGAACUAAUUCUGCCGCAGUUUCUCCUAUUGGAACAAGCCAUCGGGAGUCAAGAAAUUCUGGGAAUGCCCCUUUAGUUUCGGAAAUUCACAGAGCAAGUAGAGAUUCUGCUGCACUUUCUCCUGUCGGACCAAGCCACCAGGGUACAAGAAGUGCUAAAUUGUUUGGUGAUUUCAAUGAUACAAUAGCUUCUUGUGAUAUUUUUAAUGGCUACUGGACGAUGGAGGAAGAUUUCAAGCCUCUUUACCAACCGAGUUCUUGCCCUUUUGUUGAUGAUGCUUUCAAUUGUUUCAAGAAUGGCCGGCCGGAUUCAGACUACUACAAGCUCAGGUGGAAGCCCCAUGACUGUGAAAUUCCAAGGUUUGAUGGGAUUACAAUGCUGAAGAUGCUAAGAGGGAAAAGAUUGGUGUUUGUGGGGGACUCAAUCAACAGAAACAUGUGGGAAGCAUUAGUCUGUGCUUUGAUAGAAUCGUUAGAUGAUAAGAGUAAAGUAUUUGAAGCAUCAGGCCCACGCGAGUUCAGGAGUCAAUGGUUCUAUUCUUUCCAAUUUAAGGAUUUCGAGUGCUCCAUUGAUUUCAUCAGAUCACCUUUCCUAGUUCAAGAAUUGAAAGUCACGGAUAAGGCUGGAAAGAACAGAGAAACUUUGAGGCUGGACAUGAUGCAAGAUUCUUGUAACGAGUACCGUGAUGCUGAUAUUAUUAUCUUCAACACCGGUCACUGGUGGACUCACCAGAAAACCUUUAAAGGGAAUUACUAUUUCCAGGAAGGUGAUCGUGUGUACGACAAACUAGAAGUGACAGAAGCGUAUAAGAGGGCGUUGAGGACAUGGGCUCAGUGGGUCGAUAGUAAUAUCAAUAUAAGCCGAACCAGUGUCUUCUUUCGUGGUUAUUCAGCAUCUCACUUCAAAGGUGGUCAAUGGAAUUCGGGAGGAAAUUGCGAUGGUGAGACACGACCAAUAACAGACGAUACCUAUCUUUCUCCAUAUCCAUGGAUGACUAAAGUUCAAGAAUCUGUAAUAUCAGAAAUGAAGAGUCCUGUUUUUUACCUUAACAUUACCAAAAUGACAGAUUACAGAAAAGAUGGGCAUCCCUCAAUAUUCCGGCAACCAGUUUCACAGAGAAGGCCCGGAAUGUUUCAAGAUUGCAGCCACUGGCGCCUCCCUGGGGUACCAGACUCCCGGAACGAGCUUCUUUACGCGACUAUGAUCAAAUCCCAUAAAUUUUUUUGAGCAAUUAGUAGAUUUUUUGUAAUGUACUGCUUGUACAAAUUGUUGCAUCCAGUUUACCUAUAUGUCUUCUCCUCUUUAACUCA